AUUGCACCCCAUUAGACCACAUUGUGUCAUGUCAUACCUUUUUGUACCCUCUCCUGUCUUCAUGCAGAGGUCAAAAUGGCGCCGAGAAACAGAAAGUUAGCUCUUUCAGUGCUUCCUCACCUUCUUGAUGCCCAGAGAAAACUCUUCAGUGAUAUCGACGAUGACCUGGUUGACCGUCAAAAACAGCAGCUUCGUUCCUGCCUACAGCUAUGGCGAAGCGAUGACUCUUCAACCAGAAAGUGGGCAAACACGAGGGCACGUUCGCUGCUAGCUAUGGUCUACGAAGACAAAUAUUUGGGUGCCCCAGUGUUCAUUUUGUGUGCUUUAGGAAUAAGCGUGACGAAGUUGGGGACACUUAACCCAGUUGAAGCUAUCGCGGAGAUUCGCAAGUGGUGGAGAAAUGUUGAACAUCCAGCCGGGCUGAUAAUGUGCUCCAAGCGUUAUGUACAAGAAAAUUGGGAUGUAUUUUCAAUAUUCAAAGGGCAGGCAAGUCCGACGCCGCCUCCCACAAUUGUGUAUUUCACAAUUCCCGAGCUUUUCAACUUCUUCCAAUCCAAAGCUUCUUCUCCGAACUUGCAGAUGACAUGCCCAAUUUCUGGCCAGCCACUACCAACCAUUGAGAUAGAUUUGAACGGUAGAAGCGCAAAAAUUGAGUUUUCACUGAGGGCUAGCCAGGCGUUGAUUCAACAUAAACUGAUCUCGCAGGCUGCUGAUGGAAAAAACGCACAGACGGGUGUUGAAAGUACAGACAGAUUUGUCCCGGCGAUAUAGUCACAAUAUAAUAACCAUUUCCAUUCCCUGUCACGACGUUCGAUACUGGAUCGCUGUCGACCCUAACAGCCCCCCAACCGCAGUUUUGGGUGACAAGAACCGCCCUAACUGAGGAAUCUGCUGUUGUAACUUCUUGCCCGUCGGUGUUGCAUAUAGUCCAGCUCUUGUCUAGUUUUAUAUCCACAGAAGGACCGGCAUUCUGCCAUUCUCGAACCUCUCUCCUGGCUAUUUCAAGCAAUUUAUCGUCAUCAUGAGCGAUCGCAGUGACAUCUAUUACUUGAGGGCCUUCAGCCAUGGGCUCGUUUCGAUCAAACUUGGAGGAUAGUUUUCGGGCUAACGCUUUGUCGAAUGCAACCCUUGAUUCAGAUAACGAUAAUUGAAGACCUCACUAGGAGAAAUUGUGAAACUCGGCUGUGGCAGAUUUCAG